AUGAGGCCACCACCUCUACCUCCCUCGGUAACCUCAGGUUUUGGGCCACUACCGCCACCUCCACCGUUCCCGACGAUGAUGACGACCGGUACGCCGGCAUUACGGAGUGAGCUGAGGGAGAAGGAGGGCUCCUCAAACACGACCGUACCUGACAAAAAAUCUCCGAAAACGGUACGCGGCAGUACGUUGUCGUGGCCUUUCCAUCAGGCCCUACUCAGUUAUAGUUAA